GCCGAUUGUAAAAUUCCACCUUUUGCGCACUUCAACUUCCUCCCUGUCAACACACCGCAAUCAUGGCGACCGAGUUGACAGUCCAGGCCGAGCGCGCCUACCAGAAGCAGCCUCACAUCUUCCUCAACCACAAAUCCAAGGCGGCAAAGAGCAGGAGAGUCGGCAAGGGCGGCCGAAGAUGGUACAAGGACGUCGGACUGGGCUUCAGGACACCAAAGACUGCGAUUGAGGGAUCAUACAUUGACAAGAAAUGCCCUUUCACCGGCAUGGUCUCCAUUCGAGGCCGUAUCCUGACCGGCACUGUCGUUUCCACCAAGAUGCACCGAACCUUGAUCAUCCGCCGAGAAUACCUUCACUUCGUCCCCAAAUACGCCCGAUAUGAGAAGAGACACAAGAACCUCGCCGCACACGUCUCCCCAGCUUUCCGUGUGGAAGAGGGUGACCAGGUCACCGUGGGCCAGUGCAGACCCUUGAGCAAGACUGUCCGAUUCAACGUCCUUCGUGUAUUGCCCCGAACGGGAAAGGCCGUCAAGUCGUUCCAGAAAUUCUAAGCGCGUGAAGGAAAGUUGUGGGUAGUGGUGGCGGUGGAAAGCCAGUCGGAAGGAGAGGGCUGCUUCUGCACCAUUGAAGACGGCAAAAUGGCAUGAAGCCCUGUGGAUGAAGAUCGUGGCAGGAGGGUCAUUUCCGGCGUCUGGAAGCACAGAUCAGACAUAGAGAUGAUUUGUUGCUGGCACAUGGCCAGGCAUGAGCGCCGGUCCGAAAAUUCGAACGACAAAUGAACAAGGUCUUAAAAACCGAAUCGCAUCCAGCCCCGAUCAGAUUUGUGUAUUUGUGUCUACGGUAUUCUAACGGUGUAUGUCCAACUCCUUCGGUGCAGUCGGUGGAAUCCUUGUGGAUGUCCCAGUCCCCAGACCCUCAAGUCUCCAGGUAGGCGAAGCCAACCUCCGCCUUGAAGGGUGGAUAGCCCGAACUGUCAACCACCGGCAAAAUGCUCAUCUUCCUGGCGAUCUCCUUUUCAUCUGCGUCCAUCCACCUCUUGACCUCGCUCUCGUCGCUCCAGUCACUGAUGAGUCUGUCCCCCUUG